AUGUGCGGCCUCCCCCCCCCGCCGGAAUCCACGGGCCCGCCAGCUCCCACGGCCUCCAAAGCUCGAAUCCGGCGACGGCGGAGGCGGUGGGUCGCAGCGUCCUUGGUCGACACCUCGCGGGUUGCCAGCGACGAGAUGAGGGAGUCCUUGUCCAUCAUUGCUAACAGACCAAGAUGGUGGUGGAGAGCGGCGCUGCCACCGGACGACGGUUGUUGUCGCUCGUCCACGAACCUCACCCCAUCGCCGCGCGUGCGGCCGUUUACCGUUGUCUCCUCUCGUCCCAACUCCUUGACGGCUCGUUUCGAAAGCGGCGGGUGCGGAGGAGCGGGAGCGACGGCGCUGGCGGGCUGCGGCGGCGGCGGCGGCGGCGGCAGGCCCUGCAGCGAACGAAGCGGUGUGGCUGGGGCUGAUGAUGGCGCGACGGAGAUCGGCGACGGGGUUGAAGAUCCUGUGAAGAUUGGCGAGGAAGAAGGCGGCGGCGGUGCGGUGGUCGCCGGUGCUGGCGAGGUGUACGUGUACGUCCUUGCCGACCUGGGCGGCGGCGGUGUGGCAGCGGCCGGCGGAACGGCGGCGGCCGGCGAGGGGGCCGCAGUGACCGAAACCCCCCCUCCCGAUGCCCGGCACCGGCGUCGGCGUUGCUGCUCUCGGGUUGACCCACGCGACGUUGUUGGUGAGGGCGAGGCGCCCGGUGUCAGCGCGAAGAACGACGGCGGUGGACGUCGAGUGGUUGUUGGCGCCGUGCAGGUAGAAGCACCGCGCAGAUUGGACGUCCGCCUUGGUGGCCCGCUUCACGCGCAUCAUCCCUUCCUGGAAAAAAGGGACGACGGUGAGGGGCGGCUUCCGGCCGAAGAACGCCUCGCACGGCGACAUCCAGCCCCGGUUGGCCUUCGUCGCGGAGCGAUUAAAGCAGGCGGAUGCCCACAGCGCCGAAGCGAGCUACAGGCGAUGUCCGUUGACGCCGACGUUGGGGAUGGAGGAGAGGUCGACGUGGCCGAUGGCGAGGGUGUGGCGGCGCGCGGCGUGGCCCCCCUUCACGGCGCGCCAAAUGGCGCUCUCAACCACCGCGUUUUGCUUGGGGGUGUCGGGGGCGGUGUACUCGCGUCGAAUGCCAGCAGCGUCGCAGAACGAGGUGAACGCGGAGCCGGUGAACUCGCCGCCGUUGUCCAUGCGGAAACACCCUGGAGUGCCCAUGCCGUUCAUGUCGGCGAGGAAGGGCAGAACGUACUUCAGGGUGUCGCUCUUGGCCCGCAUUCCGUACCCCCGUUGCCACCGCGACGCGCUGUCCACGAACAUGAUCAGGUGCCGGGAGCGUCCAGCGCGUCAGAGAACGGGCCCGUGAGGUCGAUGUGAGCUUUGCCGAACGGUACCGCCGCGCGGGUGCCACGCCGCGACACCGGGGCCCGCCUGCCCUUCGCUUCCACGCAGCCCACACACGGCUGCAUCUCCCUCACCAGUCGUACACCCUGCUGGUUGGCUGUCUCACGCAUCAGAAAUUCGUUGACAUGGCCGGUGGAGGCAUGAAACAAAUUAAUGUCG